CGCCACCCUAUUAGUAGCCUCCCUCGAGUAGGGGGGGCGCCUGCUUUUUGGAUUAUUCCUCAUUUCUGAAGGGGACGAGGAGGUUAUUAAACUUUUGGAAGCUAAAGCUUGCUUGGAGUCUCUCUCACUCGCGGAAUGGAAACUAUCGUUCUUUAUCCGUCCCCGGGCAUGGGGCAUCUGAUUUCCAUGGUGGAGCUCGGGAAGUUCAUACUCAAGCACCAUCCUUCCUUCACCAUUGUAAUCCUCACAGUUCCUCCAUCAUUCAACACUGGAUCGACCGCAUCCUAUAUCGAUCGAGUUUCUGCUGCCACCAAGUCUAUCACCUUCCACCAAUUACCAUCUGUUCCGCUUGAACUCGACUCUUUCUCCUCCAUGGAAGCUGUUAUUUUAGAGUCCAUUCGCCUAAGCAACCCUCAUGUUCACCAAGCCCUUCAACACAUCUCUCUCACCACCACCAUCACCGCCCUCAUAAUCGACUUCUUUUGUACCCCGGCUUUCUCCAUUUCCACCAAACUCGGAAUCCCAACGUAUUUUUUUUGUACUUCAGGCGCCGCUUCUCUCGCGUUUACCCUUUACUUGCCCACAAUACAUCGGAACACCAUUAAAAGUUUCAAAGACCUGAACUCAAUUGUUCAUGUUCCUGGCUUACCGCCAAUACCAUCGACGGAUGUGGCAAAACCGAUGCUUGAUCGAGCCUCGACUGAAUAUGCAAGCUUUUUAGAAUUCUCUCUCCAUUUGCCAAAGUCAGCUGGAUUUAUUGUAAACUCAUUCGACUCCCUCGAACCAAAAACUCUUAAAGCAUUAUCUGAAGGAUCUUGCUAUCCUGAUGGCGAUACACCUCCUGUUUUUUGUGUAGGACCAUUGUUGGCGUCCGAAGAUCGACGAGGUGUAACUGAUGAUGUGCAUGAAUGUUUGAAAUGGCUCGAUUCUCAGCCUAGCCAAAGUGUCGUAUUCUUGUGUUUUGGGAGUCUUGGUUUGUUUUCAGACAAGCAGUUGAAAGAAAUAGCAAUUGGGUUGGAGAGAAGUAAGCAGAGGUUCUUGUGGGUGAUCCGCUCUCCACCCUCUGAGGACAAGAGCAAGCGCUAUCUACCUCCUCCCGAACCGGAUUUGGAUUUUCUUCUUCCUAUUGGAUUCUUAGAUCGGACAGAGGACCUGGGUUUCGUGGUGAAGUCGUGGGCACCACAAGUGGAGGUGUUGAAUCAUAAAUCUGUUGGAGGGUUUGUGACUCAUUGUGGGUGGAACUCGAUAUUGGAAGCAGUUUGCGCGGGCGUCCCCAUGGUGGCUUGGCCUCUUUAUGCUGAACAAAAGUUCAACAGGGUGGUGCUAGUGGAAGAUUUGAAAUUGGCUCUGCGAAUUAACGAAGCCGAGGAUGGGUUUGUCACUGCUGAGGAGGUCGAGAGUCGAGUGAGAGAGAUGAUGGACUCAGACACAGGUGAGUCGCUCCGGAAGCGCGCCAAAGAAAAGGAGGCGGAGGCAAAGGCAGCGACAAGUGAAGGUGGUUCCUCCACUGUUGCCCUGGACAAGUUAAUCAAGUCAUGGAAACUGGAUUGAUUAUCGAUACAACGAUGCCUGAAACUGUCCAACGACUGAGUUCUUGAAUUUCCAAUCUUGCAAGAUUAUUGUGCUGUGUAAGUAUGUUCAUGCUCCAUUAAAGCAUGUGAAAUGUGUUUGUGAUAUGUUUUAAAAACCUUUCUUGGUAAUGUUUUUCUUUAAAGUCGAAUCUUUUGUUGUGUAGAAAAGAAUUAUAUUUAUUAAUCAGUGCCACAUAUAAAAUCUUCCAUGGUUUAUUUGAA